AUUUGAGCCAGCGAGCCGAAGACUGUCAUACCAGUGUGGAGUAAGGAAAUCACUCACGUUCAUCUCCCUCCACCCUCCCCGAAAUCGCAUUCAAGAGAAUAUGCUCACGAAUCGGUUCUCGUACCUCCUACUCCUAUCUUGCUACUGCUAGCGUUUCGCUCGCAAAUCCCAAGAACAGCCGCAGGCUGAGAGCUUUCACAGAAACACAUCAAUCGCUUACCUUGUCGUAGUCGUAACCGAGAGGUCGCCGAGGGAGAAAAGAAUCAUCAGGUCUCUCUGGCUAUAGCUUCUUUCUCUUCGCCCUUUCCUUGUACGGUCUUCUCAAGUUGGCAGCUGGCAGCUAUUGGCUUCCACUUACCAUGCAUGCAAGCUGCUGUAAAUCGGAAGAUUCAUAAGCUUCUUACAAACAUGGUGAUUUGUCGUUCUUUGAAUUCUCAGUGCCCUCAAGCGGCUCGGAGUGUGAUCAGACCACAUUAUAGAUGAGCUGCAGUAGGUAAACGGCAUGAAAUCAAUCCCGACCAAGAUAAAACGAUGCACGGGCACGCCCAAGAGCCAUUUUGGAGAUGGAGAUAGAUAUCUAGGACACGAGUGGCUGUACAAUCGAGAACGCCCAAGAGCCCUUUUGGAGAUGGAGAUAGAUAUCUAGGACGGGAGUGGCUCGUUUCCUCUGAAAAGGAGACUGAUCACGUCACUGCGAGAGACUGACGAGGCUGUAGACUUCACGUCUUUACAGCGUGACAAUGUAGAAGGACGUCCAUGUGUAUUUAAGCCUCAGUUCUCUCGAUCUAAACAGACAUUCCCAAGCAACCAUCCCGCUCAAAGUACUCGUCUCAUCUUUUUUCGACUUCUUAGUCCCAUAUCCAUCCAUCUACCUAUUCCACAAUGAAGGUCUACAGGGGCAAGCUCAACUGGUUGAUUUACGCUGUCAACGAGACCUGCACUUUCGUGUUCCCCAAGGGCUUCGCUGUCGGGGAUCCGGUGUACACGGCCUAUCAAUGGACCGAGAAUUCGUCCGGCGCUAAGAAGGUCAACAACUUCGUCGAAGGAUAUGUCAACAUGGAUUUCGUCGUCGACGGCAAGCGAACCAUCCGGUUCCAUGAAGAGAACUACUACCAUUUCGACGCUACGAUCAGCAGCGACGAAAAGUCCAUCGUGGUGACGAUGCGGAACGACCCCCACGGCAGCGUCGAGAAACCGACUACCCUUGAUUUGGCUAUGACCUCCGACACAUCCGCCCUUGUUCUCUAUAUGGGAAAGUACACCGAGCAUCCGUUCGCCGACAACGAGAUGAUCAUGGUCAUCGGCUCCCCGAAUUUCUCCUCCGGAAACUCCAUCGGCGUGUUUUGGCAAUGGACGAAGCAAAGUGGUGGCAAAGAGAAGGUCCCGCAGACCUACACCGGAACCGUCACCGACUUCCACCAAGAUACCUCCGGAAUCAAAUUCGAUUUCAACAAGGACAGCAACUACUACAAGUUCUCCAUGAAUGUGGACAACUCGCUCAAGAACAUGAAGCUCAGAAUCGCAACCCAGCCCUCUCUGCUCCCCAACAAGCCGGACAUCGCUCUGACCUUGCAGAAGAGCACGGAGUAAGGAGCUAUUUGGUUGAAAGGGGUGGGGGGGUUGAUGCGUGAUUCCUUUAAUUAUGUUCUGUUGGAUAUGGGCUGAAGAAAUUUGAAGGCUUUUCCUUUGGUCACGAUCCAAGGCUUUUCGGGUGCGGAUAUGAUAGGGCGGCGGCGUCGUUAGGUGGUGUUCCUGCUCGAAGAGAGGAACGAUAGCAUAAAUAAUACCUUUUAACCACGGCGAUAACUGCUGUGCAUGUGAAGUGAAUAAAGGUGUAAACAGGAUCCUCACUGUAUCGCGACUCGAUAAAAUGGUUUGCCCCGCGAUGGUCGUGCCGCUUUGGCAGAAACGU